AUGCCCUUCUACGUCCACAUCUCAAACCGCCACAACGUCCACAUCUCAAACCGCCACAACGGCAACUACCCUGGCGAAUGGCAUCGCUGGCUGUUAGCCGCCACCACCCGGGACGAUGCGAAGAGAUUCUACUGGGGGCUGCACAAGUACACCAAGACAGACAAUGCAAGCAUCAAAUCUGUCACGGCCGAGACCAUGGAGUGGUGGAACUACGACGCCAGUGACGGCUUCAGUCUCCAGAACCUCUAUAAAUGGAUUCAGCAGAAGCAGACGGACCAAUACAAAGACAUCCAAGAACUCACCGACACCCGCGAGAGGACCCUUCUUACCAUCCUGCCGGAUACCAACUUUGGAGACCGGUUCUGGCUGAUUCUGCCCGGGUUCCAGGAUACGUCGAUUGAAGAUCUGUGGGAGGAUCGAGCGCGUCUUUGAGAGACGAAUCGGAGCUUGGUCAGGAUGAC